CCGAAAGACAAGGCUGCGCCCGGGUUCCGGUCCGCAGGGAGACCGAAGGGCACCGCUCCUCGCGCCUCCCGAGCGCUGGAGUGCCGACCCCCCAGGGAUGUGAGUGCGCCCCCGAUCCGAGGCCCGCCCUCCACGCCCCGACCUGCGGCCCGCGCCCGGAGGACCUCCGCCCCCAAACCCCGCGCCUUCCCGAGGCCCGCCUGGAGCAUGCUGCCUGCAGCCAUGAACGGCCUCGGCCUGGUGCUGCUGGCCGCCCUGCUGUGCUCUGCGCCCGCUCAUGGCCUGUGGUGCCAGGACUGCACCCUGACCACCAACUCGAGCCAUUGCACCCCAAAGCAGUGCCAGCCGUCGGAUACAGUGUGCGCCAGCGUCCGGAUCACCGACCCCAGUAGCAGCAGGAAGGAUCAUUCCGUGAACAAGAUGUGCGCCUCAUCCUGUGACUUCGUGAAGCGACACUUCUUCUCAGACUAUCUGAUGGGCUUCAUUAACUCUGGGAUCUUAAAAGUGGACGUGGACUGUUGCGGGGGAGACCUGUGCAACGGGGGGCCGGGGGCGGGGGGCAGCCUCUGGGCCCUGGCUGGGGGCCUCCUGCUCAGCCUCGGGCCCGCCCUCCUCGGGGCUGGGCCCUGAGGCCCUCUCCCUCCUGCAGGGCUCCGAGCUUCCUCCCUGGAGCCUGGCCCUUGCCCCUCCCUGAGCCGUGAGGCCUCCCUCUCUCCACCAGCUCUGAGUCCCGGCCAGCAGGACACCGCUAGGAGACCCGGUGUCUGCAGGAAGCCCCGGGGGGU